CAAUUUAUGACACUUCCAUGACUCGCUGCGCUUUCCGCCCAACUUCUUUCACUUUUCGCGGUCAACGCGAUUUCUUCAUCGCUGGAGGACCGUUUACCGUCGCCCGUCGCUGUGACUAAUACCUGCUCGUUGCUGGUUUGUUGACGACGGGUUUAACAGUUCUAGUCCCAGAAGGCUUUGAGUAUUUUCGAAAAAGUGAGUAUUUCGGGCUAAUUUCGUGCUAUCCAGUGUUAAAAAUUGUUGAUUUGUUUGGUUUAAUAACGCAAAAUGCAUACGUCAUUCGUGGUGUUGGGGCUCGUGGUGCUCCUGGGGGUCGUGGGGGCCAAAGACAUGAUGAGGAACAUCGUCUUCGACAAGAACACGCCAGAUGUUUUCUACUGUCCCAUUCACAAACCUACUGGAUUUGACAAAAUGAUCGUCAAAGCUAGACCUUUGAAGAAAUUAUGCGAAUUUGAAGGCGAACCUCUUCCCGACGACUACAAGAGCGACUGCUACCAAGACAUAGACGAAACGAGUUACGCAUGCAAAGAGAAAUACAGGAUUAUGAUGCGGAUGCAUCCACCAGGUGGUGAAGACGCUUUCGAGGGAGACAGGUUGGCCAGGUUUAUUGAUGUUGACAGAGAGUUUUAUGUCAUGAAGGUGGACGAUAAGAAGAAGGUUCACUUGAAAAAUAGGUUAGGUUAGGGCGAGCCGGGCCUCCACUAAAUCCAUUAACGCGUCUAAUUGUUAUAGUUUUGUACAUACUAAAUUUGUUAAUAUGUUAUUAAUAAAAUAGUUUAUCGGAAA